CCCCACAGAGGACACACCCCCAUGGCCUUGUCCCCACCCGGUUCCCCUCCCCUCCAGCUCCUUCCCCACCUCCCCCACUUCUCCCCCAGCCCCUCAGGGUGACCCCCCCCCGGUGUCCGGGACACCUUUGGGUCCUUCCCGGUGCCAUCUCCCCUUCUCCCAUCCCGUCUCUCCGCAGCUGCUCCCGCCCUGGACGAAGGUGCUCCGGCUGAUGCCCAACCUGCCGUGCGUGGUGCAGGCGGGCGCCAUGGUCUUCUCCCGGGGCAGCAGCGCCGGCGACAAGGAAUCUGCUCUCCUGAAGAACCUCCUGUUGUCCUGCGGGCUCUGCGAGGAGGUUCCCGAAUCCUACAUCGACAUCCACACCGGCCUCAGCGGCAGCGGCGUGGCCUACGUGUACCUGUUCGCCGAAGCCUUGGCCGAGGGCGCGGUGAAGAUGGGAAUGCCAGGAGCCUUGGCCGGCAGGAUCGCGGCGCAGACGCUGCUGGGCGCUGCCAAGAUGCUGCUGGAGACCGGGGAACACCCGGCAAAGCUGCGGGGGGACGUCUGCACCCCCGGGGGCACCACCAUCCACGCGCUGCACCAGCUGGAGAAGGGAGCGCUCCGGGCCACCGUCAUGAACGCCGUGGAGGCGGCCACCAACCGCGCCUGGGACAUGGCCAAGGACUAGUUGGCCCGGCUUUUGUCCCAGGAAGGGGUGAUGGGAACCAAAACCGGCCUCUUCCAGGAGAUCCUGAUGCCCUCGGGAGAAGCUGGAGGGGGGUGGGAAGGUGGCGUCGGGUGCAUGUUACCUCAGCGGGGUCGCGACCAAAUAAACGUGGGCACACGUGGCU